UCUAAAGGGAAUAAUCGUGACUACGUUCCGGGGAAGUGCCAGCCUCUUCUACUCCUGUUCCAUAACUCUAUUAAGGAUGAGAGGAUAGGGAAGCUGUGACCAUCGUGGCGCUGUCUGAUGACGUCAUACGUGGCCGCUCGGGUGGUGCUGCUGCUGAUACUGCUGGAGGCCUUCAUCUGGAUUACACCCGGAUCGUACUGGCGAGCGCAGCGAGAGCCGGUUAGGGAGCAGUGCUGAGCGGAGACUGCUGAUCGUCAUUGGGGGAAGAGACAGGGAGAGACAUACAAUGACAUCCAGGAGAUGGUUCCACCCGAAUAUCACAGGUGUUGAAGCAGAAAAUCUUCUUUUGACCCGCGGAGUAGACGGCAGUUUCUUGGCACGUCCCAGUAAGAGCAAUCCUGGUGAUUUCACACUCUCAGUAAGGAGGAAUGGAGCAGUUACACAUAUUAAAAUCCAGAACACAGGUGAUUACUAUGACUUGUAUGGUGGUGAAAAGUUUGCUACGCUUGCUGAAUUGGUUCAGUAUUACAUGGAACACCAUGGCCAGCUAAAGGAAAAAAAUGGGGAUGUUAUUGAGUUAAAGUACCCAUUAAACUGUGCGGAUCCUACAUCUGAGAGGUGGUUUCAUGGUCACCUCUCUGGGAAGGAAGCUGAGAAGUUGUUAACUGAGAAAGGUAAACAUGGAAGCUUUCUGGUUCGUGAAAGCCAGAGCCACCCUGGAGAUUUUGUCCUGUCUGUUCGUACUGGUGAUGACAAGGGCGAGAGUAAUGAUGGCAAGUCUAAGGUGACGCAUGUCAUGAUACGGUGCCAGGAUUUGAAAUAUGAUGUUGGAGGAGGAGAGAAGUUUGAUUCUCUAACAGACCUUGUGGAGCAUUAUAAGAAAAACCCUAUGGUGGAAACACUUGGGACGGUACUGCAGCUGAAACAGCCUCUGAAUACAACCCGUAUAAAUGCAGCAGAAAUUGAAAGUCGAGUAAAGGAAUUGAGUAAACCUGCAGAAACCGCUGAUAAAUUUAAGCAGGGCUUUUGGGAAGAGUUUGAGACCUUGCAGCAACAAGAGUGCAAGCUACUGUAUAGCCGCAAAGAGGGACAGAGACAAGAAAACAAGAACAAAAACAGAUACAAGAAUAUUUUACCUUUCGAUCACACAAGGGUUGUUCUUCAUGAUGGAGAUCCUAAUGAGCAAGUUUCCGAUUACAUCAAUGCCAAUACUAUAAUGCCUGAAUUUGAAGCAAAAAGCAACAAUUUAAAACCCAAGAAACGUUAUAUAGCUACUCAGGGAUGCUUGCAGAAUACAGUGAAUGAUUUCUGGAGAAUGGUUUUUCAGGAAAACUCCAGGGUCAUUGUCAUGACGACAAAGGAAGUCGAACGAGGCAAGAGUAAAUGUGUUAAAUACUGGCCAGAGGAGUGUGCCCUCAAAGAAUAUGGAGUUAUGCGAGUGAGAAAUGUCAAAGAAACACCAUCUCAUGACUAUAUAUUAAGAGAACUUAAACUUUCAAAAGUAGGACAAGCAAACAAUGAAAGGACUGUAUGGCAGUAUCAUUUCAAAGCUUGGCCAGAUCAUGGAGUACCUACUGACCCUGGUGGUGUCCUGGACUUUUUAGAAGAAGUUCACCAUAAGCAGGAUGGUAUACCAGAACCUGGACCUGUUGUCGUUCACUGCAGUGCAGGAAUAGGACGUACAGGCACUUUUAUUGUGAUUGAUAUUCUCAUUGAUGUCAUCCGAGAAAAAGGCGUUGACUGUGACAUUGACGUUCCAAAGACUAUUCAGAUGGUAAGAUCUCAACGAUCGGGAAUGGUUCAGACCGAAGCACAGUACAGGUUUAUAUACAUGGCUGUACAGCAUUACAUAGAAACUUUGCAGCGCAGGAUUGAAGAGGAGCAGAAAAGUAAGAGGAAAGGACAUGAAUACACAAAUAUCAAAUAUUCCCUUUCUGAACAGACAGGGGGAGACCAGAGCCCUCUUCCUCCCUGUACCCCCACACCAUUGCCAACACCCACACUUCCAGAAAUGAGAGACGAUUCUGGAAGAGUGUAUGAAAAUGUGGGCCUCAUGCAGCAACAGAAAAGCUUCAGAUGAAUUGAAACAUAAUGUCUCCACCAUAUAGACAGAAUCUACGACUGGGAAAAGGCAAAAGAAAUGCGAGGACGAGAUGGGACGUACAAGACCUGGCUUUUAAAGGCUGUGUCCAUUUAAACAAUUGGUCUGAAAUCCAUAGACUUUUCAAAGAUUACACAUCAUGAGCUUUUUGGAAACCCCUCAUGUCCUCUCUGAAUCUCCGAAAUGUUGGAUCAGCGCAUUCUUCACAAUGAAGCAUCUUUAUCUCUACAGUUUGACUGUGUAGAGUCCACAACCCAGACUACAAAUAAGCUGGCCUAUUCUUUUCUCUUUAUAGCGCCCCCUGUUAUUAAGGUAUUGUGAGUUCACUUAGUGCACCUUAAUUCACUGGCAACACAAAGUAAUAAGGUGAUUGCUUACAUUACAACGGGAACAAUUCCUCUCGUCACAGUGCAGACUGUGACCAUGAAAACAGUUUGUAGACCAUAAUAAAAACCUCUGUAUUCAUUUUAACUUUUUUCAUGCUAAUGUGGAGAUGUUUAAAAUGUGAAUAUCUGCACCCCUGGCUUUCUCAUAUAAUGGUGCUUUCUUUUUCUUUCCUGUCAUAAGAGACUUUCUUUAGAGAGCGCAAAGCCAGAAAUGAGUAUUGUUUGGACAAAAAGUUUAUUGCCUAGUGCCAAUUGUAACGAGUCAUUAAGAUGUGAUAGAUGUCGAUUUAGGGGUUAUCUAUUGAUCGCAGAAUGUUGUACAAGUCACGGAAAUGCAAUGAUACACAAUGAAAAUUUAGAGAUGCACUUUACAAAUGGUUAAAUGUUUAACUUGUUCUGCUUCUUGGGAAUGGCAAGGCUGUCGCAUCCAUUUUAUCUUGGCUCGAACUGACCCUUGCUGAGUAAGGCCUUACGUCACCCAUUGCUUAACUCUGCAAAACGCAGUCCCCUUUUAACAGUGCGUAAAUGCAGUGUUCUCAGCGGGAAGGGCUCCUGCUUAAAAGGCUCAAGUUGUGCACCUUUACUAUAGCAGGACCUUAGUUAAGCAUUUCCUUAAAGUGCCUUUUACAGUCACAGCCUACCUUCAGCCAGAAAGUUCAUUAUUACUGCGAGGCCUAGUUUCUGCCCUCUGCUCUGGGCCCCACAUUGUGAAUAUUGCACUUCUUUUUUUUUUCUUUCAGUUACAUUCUUCUACAGGUGCUUCAUUGUGUUCUUUUUCUCAUUAGGUGUGUUUUGGCAAAAGGUGCCUGCAAUAGAUUUUCAAGCCACGUCCACCAAAUACAGGACCUUCAACGAGACUGGCUUCACCAAUUUAUAGAUCAUAAAUUAGUGGAAUGUGGGCCAGAUAUGGCAAAACACACCUAAACACAAGGACAAAUUCCUGAGACUAACUUACCGUACUCAUAGAAUGCUGACUCUUUCCAGUCAUUGCUGCUUUUUUUUUUUUUUUACCAUAUUGCCUUUAUGCUCUUCAGAUGACUGGUGCUUGUAGAUUCCAUAAAUAUCAGCCCACAGUAAUAAGGAAUUUAAUCAAGCUCACAGUUGUAUUUCCAUGAACUCCAUACUUCGAAUUGAUAAAUCAGCUAAUCAUAGUACUCGGUGUCGCCUGUUUAAAGGAGAACACUGCAAAGCACUAUGCGAAUGAAAUACGGCAACAUUACC